CAGUGUUUUCGCAUUGCUCUUGCAAAGCCUUCCAAACGAUCUAUCAAAGCGUUCUUUCAUCACCAAAGAUACAGAAGAAGACUACAUCAGACUGAGAAUGGAGCCUAGACGAUCUACACGAGUUCGACAGCGCCCCCGGUGGUUCACCGACUACGUCGUGGACUUUCCUGUGCGAAAGUCCAGGGUGAAGCCGAUGUUGAAGGCUGAUGAUGUUCCUCAGCAGCCUGAGAAGGUGGCAGUGCUGCCUCUUCCUGAGCCUUUACAGGAGCUGCCUGUGGAGAGGCUAAGGCAGGCUGAAGAGGUGACUGUGUCAUCUCCUCAACCUGUGAUGGCCAAUCCAGAGGUAGAGCUUGUUCAGCUUGAGGAAGAGUGUCUGCCAUCCCCUGAGCCUGUCAUAGCCCUUCCUUGGCCAGAAUUUGACCAGACUGUGGAGAUGGCACUGCCAUCACCUCAGCCUGCUCAGGUUCUAGUUGAGGAGGAGGCUGGACAGACUGAGGAGGUGGAACUACCGUCUCCUCAGGUUGUUGUUGAGCAUCCUCGGCUUUCUAGCGUUGGGUCACCAGUGGCAGAGAUCCCUCCUGAGCAGCCAUCACCUGUGAGGCAGCCAUCACCGCAGCCAUCACCUGUGAGGCAGCCAUCACCUAUGAGGGACCCUCUGAGGCGAGGCUUUGCAGCGUUAGGAGAAGGGGUGGUGUGGCAUUUGUUUAGGAAUGUGGAGGCCACUUUAGUAGGUGGUAUUAUUUUCCCUAUUUUCUCUUCUCUAAUUUAA